AUGGGCAAGAGGAAGAAUGACCUGGCGUCGCCAGGAGAAUGGACGGACGUGACAAGAAAGAAGAAUAAGUCAGAAAUAUUGGGUAAAUCGCAGUCAGACGAGGGAAAGGAGAAUCAGAGAAGGUCAAAAGAAGUGACUAUGAAGAAGAAGUCACAACGGAAAACUGACAGGAGACAGCGACGGGAAGCAGUUUUAAUAAAACUGGCGCCAGGGAAGACAUACGCGGAAGUGUUGGGAGACAUCAAGGCCAAGAUGACACCUGAAGAGUCCGAAGCCCACAUCUGGUCGAUUCAUCGAACACGCAACGGAGAUGUCCUGAUAGAACUUAAGAUGGAAACAAAAAACGCUGCGGCCUUUGGGGAGGCGUUGGAAAAGCACCUAGGCGAGAUGGGAACUAUGAAGAACUUGGUUCCUAAAGUAACUCUUAAACUUCGAGAUCUCGACUGUGUUACAACCAAGGAGGAUGUGGAAAUCGCACUAAAAAGAGAUCUUGGCGAUAAACUGGGAGAUGCAAAGGUCUCGGUAACCAGGCCCAACAGAAGAGAGCAGGUCUUGGCCAUAGUCGAGGUCGGCGAGAAAGCCGCAAGCCAACUGUUGGAGACAGCCCGCAUUAAAGUGGGAUGGAUUAAUAGCAGGGUGAGAAAUAGAAUAAGCAUCGACCGAUGCUUCAGGUGUCUAGGUUAUGGUCACCAGUCAAGAGACUGCAAAGGACCGGACCGCAGCGGCCUCUGUUACAGAUGUGGCUUAGGCGGACAUCCGGAAAAACUCAACCACAUACCAGGAUCGGGUGGGUGA